AUGGUAGACCAUUUAUCCCCACAAGCUAAUCAAUUCAUGGAUAAGAUAUUGGACCAAUUUCAAGCAACAUAUCAUAAUCAUGAAAAGACAGAAUUUGAACAUUAUUCUACGAUUCCGGAUAAUGAAUUGCCAAUAGAAUUAUUACAAUAUACAGAUGAUAUUGUCGUUAGAGUCAACUUUACUGGAAAUGAUUGUUUAAGAAGAUUUUUGUUAAGCAACGAAGGUGAAAGACGCCAAGAGAUACAAUACAAAGUUUGGAGUAGAAGUCAUACACAAAGUUUUAUUGAUUUACAGAUAAAUGAAGAUAAUUUAAUUAAAUUGGUCGAAAGGUUUACCACCCCGGAGUAUGAAUUGAAGUACGAUAUAAUCAUAGAGGACUUAGCACAGAAGGUGUUCGAAACAUAUCCCAAAGAUUAUAAGAAACAAAAGAAUAUUAAGGGUAAAAAAUUUGGCAAGAAUUUUUACCAACAUGAGGCUACAGCGGAGGUUGUUCAAUCAAUGGAAGUAGAUGUAUUUUCCGAAUUAUUCUUCAGAGAAUAUCGUCCCUUGGAGACUAUCAACGCGUGGCUUGAAAUAAUAGAGCAAACAUUCCCAGAAAUUGUAACGUUGGAAGAUAUAGGACAGACUUUUGAACAUAGAUCAUACAAAGUGGUACACUUUUCUGUGAAAAAAGACGGUGUUGUACACGGACAGAAGAAAACCGUUGUCAUCACUGGUGGUGUUCACGCAAGAGAAUGGAUUUCAGUUUCAUCAGUGUUGUAUACUAUUUAUUCAAUGCUUAACUAUUAUCAAGAAAAUCCAACUAUUUUUGACAAUCUUGAUUUCUUGUUUAUUCCAGUCCUGAAUCCUGACGGAUACGAAUACACGUGGAAUGCUGAUAGAUUAUGGAGAAAGAAUCGACAAGAGACUAUCUUACCGAGGUGCUUUGGAAUUGAUAUCGAUCAUUCUUACGAUUAUCAUUGGACAUAUUCUUCUGAUUGGGCAUGCGGUGAGGAUUAUUCCGGAGAAGCACCAUUUGAAGCAAUCGAAUCAAAAAUUUGGAACGAUUACUUAAACGCAACUAACGAUAAUCAUGAAAUCUACGGAUAUAUUGAUUUACAUUCAUAUUCACAGGAAAUACUCUACCCAUAUGCUUACUCAUGCAAUGAAAAUCCAAGAGACGAGGAAAAUUUAAUUGAAUUAGCUUACGGUAUUGCAAAGUCGAUAAGGUUGCAGACAGGGAAGACAUAUAACGUUUUACCUGCUUGUCAAGAUAAGGAUCUGGAUUUGCUUCCAGAUUUAGGAUCAGGAAGUGCCCUUGAUUUUAUGUAUCAUAAUAAAGCAUAUUGGGCAUAUCAACUUAAAUUAAGAGACAGUGGAAGUCAUGGAUUUUUAUUACCCGGUAAAUAUAUUAUUCCUGUUGGUAAAGAAAUCUACGCUGGUAUUAGAUACUUUUGUACUUUUGUUUUGAAUGAAUAA